AUGGACAAAUUGCAGUUGACUGAACUUUACACCAAUUUCGGUGACUAUAUCGAUGUUACAUCCCAACUUAAGCUUGCAAUUGGUUGUAUUGCUUUCAAUCCCAUCUUUUGGAAUGUGGUUGCCAGACUUGAACACAGAACACAUUUCCUAACUAAGGCUGCCGGUGGCGCACGCAAUGGCUGCUACUUACUAGCCUUCACUAUAUUCUCGUUGGGUAUUUUCCGUGAUCAUGUCUACAAUCAAGCGCUUUUGGCUCAACCUACUUUCGAGCCCUUCGUUGAAUCCGAUCUCGUGAAAGCACUCGCAAUUGGCACGUUUGCCUUCGGCAAUGUCCUCGUUUUGCUGUCAAUGUGGGCAUUGGGCAUCACAGGUACCUACUUGGGCGACUAUUUUGGUAUCUUGAUGGAUGAAAGGGUUACAUCUUUCCCCUUCAAUGUUAACGAUAACCCUAUGUACAAUGGAUCUACCUUGUGCUUCUUGGGAACAGCCUUAUGGUAUGGCAAACCAACCGGCUUAGUGGUUACAGCCUUCGUCUACGUCAUGUACAAGAUCGCUUUGCUCUUUGAAGAGCCUUACACUGCUGCUAUCUACGCCAAGAGAGCUGAAAAGAAAGAUUAA